AUUUGUGAAAAAAAAUGUUAAAACCAUUGUCAGAGCGGAUUAUUUUUUGGAUUACAAAACCUUUACUUGGAUAUACGUUUGUUGGAUUAUUUUAAUGGAUUUCACUGAACUAAGUUCGUUAUUCUCGUUAUACAUACAAUAUGCAUACGUUUAACCCCACUUAUUCAUGAAAGAGCCAACAACUAAACACCACAAGGAAAAGUGUAUCCUCGAACCUUACACAUAUGUAUGUAGAAGAGCGCAAAGGUGAAGGAAACAAAUAAUUUCCAAGUGGAGAGUACUUAUAAGAAAGGAUAUUCAAAUUAAAUGGAGAAGACGUUGAACCGGCUACUUUAUAUUAUAUACUCGUAGUGUCUUGUAUUUUGUCCAGACAACAAUUUGUGGUAUGAAAACGAGCCAACAGGCAUAACAACAAAAAUUCAAAAAAGAAACAUGACUUCUUUGAAUUUACACUUUUACUGCUGCAGUUACUCCAGUUGUUGUAUCAUGUACAUGACUAACUGACCAUUGAACAAAACAAGGAUAUCUCAAGGAUUCUUUAUAUACACUCACUCGUUGUCGUUGCAGUCUAAUCGAAUAUAUACAAAGUUGCCUCUCCUUUUCUAUUUCUCUCUAACUUUCAAACGCAAAUCGUAAAAAACGUCUUUGUUUUUGUCUUGUUUUGGUUGGGAAAAAAGAUACGACCGACCCGGUCAUAACAUAAAAUUUCACCGAUGUUCAAAUUGUUUUUGUAUAUAUGUAAAUUCCUGCACAUGGCGAACCGCUGCAAAUCGAUAAGUCGAUGUAUACAACAAUUGUGGCUUGAUGUAGCCGGUUAACCUAACAAUACCAUAGAACCCGCUUAAGUUCGAUAGCUGCCGGUUAAUAUAUCGACCACAAAAUUUAUCAGAAAACAUCUUAAAUCCAUCAUCUCCUUGAUUGGGUGCAAUAUGAAAAAGUCACCACCAUCCAUCAUCCCGUUAAACUACGACUACCAAAAGAUGUCACCGUCUUCCACAUCAAAUGCAAUGCCAUCAGAACACCAGCAGAGUGAUGCCAAUACGUCAUUUUACGACAAUCAAUAUCAAAGCCUAUUUGGUGACCCUGUUCCGCCAACGCCAUCCGAAGAUUAUUUUGGACAUCUCGAUGGCAGUUUGUAUGGCAGCUUUAGGAGGGAUUCAUAUGCCUCGGCGAUAGCAGAUGAUUUCAAUAGGACGAUAACUCUGGCAACAGAUGGUGGGAGGAGAUUAUCAAGACUGUUUUCACAAAUUCCAGUAACUAGCACAAAUGUGGCCUUAAGUAGCCCUAGACUGGCACCAGACAUACAAAUUCUUCCAGAUAGUGGGAGUGGUCAUUCGAGUUCAGAUCCGCAGGCAUCACCAAAUUAUGGACUCUUGAGGCCAGAUGAUGCAACGCGGCCAGCGUUGGAUGAAACAUACGUGCAGAGUACUCAGGAUAUAGAAAGUAAUGGUGGAGGUGGUAUUCAGGAUUAUAUGGAACAUGGCCCGACGGCACAGGACGUUAUCCGAAGGAUAUCGGAUUUCUCGGAGGACUUCAAGUCUAAUGUUGGUUCCUUAAGGGAAUCACCACCUGAAGUACCAGAACCGCCUUCACGAUACAAUCGUCAAAUUUCCAACGAAUCUUACUCCAGCACAGAAUGGUUUAAGCCCAUUAAUUCGUAUCCUGAAUUUACAAAAAUGCCAAAAAUGCGACCAAGUUCUAAGAAUGUCCUCUCGAUUAAACAUCACGAAAUGCCAUCACAAGUUUCACCAGUAGCAGCUAUGAUUCAUGACUCAAAUGGCUCGAGUAGUAGUGAAGAUCAAAGAAAAAUCGAUGCAAUUCCUGCCAGACCUCCGGAUCCUCAACCAUCACGAUUAAGAUCAUUACAUCGUCAGUCAAGCUCUACAGACUCGAUAUUGCCAAGUAAUUUGCCUCCUAUUCCACCACCACCACUGCCACCAGCACCAGCGCCAGAAACAUGUUCUCAGUUGCCUCCUGACCCAUCAACGUCAUCAGUCUUGGCACAACCAGUAUCUCGAUCAAAAUCACCGAUUAUCGUAACUGAAUCCAUCACCACCGGAGCUGACUAUAGAGUAACUGCUCCUCGAACACACAAGAAACCCUCUUUUACGAUAAUUGCCAGUCUUCCACAGCCUUCCCUCGAUCAGAGUCUUCAAAAGCCACCGUCGUCAGGGCUUUCACCUUUUCGUGGACAUGGAUUUAAAGAACCAUCUGAAAAUCUUCCACAAGUGAUGUCUUCGGAAGGCUCCCAGAAACCAGUAGCCAUGCCAAGAAUGCUCCAUCGAAAAUCACUUUCAUCGACACAUCUCAAGCUUCCUAGUAUAACAGGUCCUUCAGGAAAACUUCCUGGAUCUGAUGACUCCCCACGGCCAUCAGUUCAAUUCAACAUGAGUGGCAGACGGGCCUCAAUGCAAUUGACAAACCACAAGGGAAUUCUCCAGAAAGGAAAAGAACACUCAUCCUCAUCGCAAGACACUCCCUUGUCCGCAAAACUAGAUCCUUUUGCCAGGGAAAAGAACGUUAGAAGCUGUGAAGCACUGCCACUCAUAACCGAUCCCUUUAGGACAUCGAUACCAAGGCUGAGUGCACCGCCAAGUGCACCUACAAAACCAAUCAUCCCGAAUUUAAAUCCAACAAGAAAGCAACGUGGACUUCUACGAGUCAUCAAUAGUGCUGACUCGAACUCACGAAUUCCAGUUCGAUCAAACUGGGCGAGUAUGGAUGACUUAUCGACUCAGAAAAAGCCAAUUUUAUCACCAAUUCGGGUUCAAGUUCGACGCCGAUCUAGCUCGACGUCGCCGGAAAGAAGAAGUUCAACCCAAACCGAACCAAGAAGUUCUAUUGCUUCCGAUCGAAGAAGCUCCAACUUGAGCACGGUGAGAACGUCAGAUUUUAGCUUUCGUCGGAAUUCCCUUUCUCCAAUUAAAACUCCUUUGACAGGAAGAAGGAAAUCCAUAUUCCAGUCAGGAGUGACAUCAAAAUCAACACCUGCGUCGCCUUCAAAAGCAAAGCGUUCAUCAAGAACUCCUCGCAAAAUUGCUAAGCCCAGCACACUCUCUCCAAUUAUUGGAACCCCAAAUAAAGAUCUUCCUCCUACAUCGCCGGCAAAAGGUAACCAAGCUCUUUCGAUGUCCUUAUCGCGAAGAGAGUCACUUUCCAAAAUUCCAGUUCUUAACAGCCCGAACGGUGCCCCAGCUUCAAGGUCCAAUUCGAGAUUAAGUUCACAGGGAAACUCACGAUUAAGUUCCAGAUCAAGUUCACCUUAUAAGGACUAUGGACCAAGCACACGAGUUCCUUCCAGCCGUUCACCAUCGCUACAAUCUCUCAGACCUGAAUCAAGACUGACAUCGAGAGGCGGAUCACGUCCAGUUUCAAGAGCGGCUUCGAGCAAGGCUCCUUCUCGAUCUACUUCGCGAGCCUCAACUCGAGAAAUUUCAAGAACUGCAUCGCGGGCGAAUUCUCGAGCCAGUUCUCGACCCAACUCCCGAAUGGACCAAGCCAAGGCAAUUGCGAACUCUCGUUCUAAUUCUCGACUCAGCAUAAGGAGUGAAAGUCCGAUCAAAAGUCGAACUACUAGCCCAACCAAACCGAAUCAGAGAAGCAAAUCUUCAUCCCGUAGUCCUCCUCCGAGGAAAACGCGAAGAAAAUCGAUAAGUCCUGGCAAAACCCGAACCCCAGUUGGUCAACGUAGGAACUCGAAUUCACGUAUUCCAGCUCGCAUUCCCACCUCCAAAUCACCACCAGGAAUAAAGCCUAAAGCAGCAACAAGAACGAGUGAGCCGAAAAGAGCAUCCCCCAAUAGAACAAGUGUUCGUAAAUCACCGAUAAGUGCCAAAAAGCCAGUUUCAAGCGGUUUUCCGCGAGGCAGUACUAAAAGUAGUACUAAAAAGAGUACGAAAACGAGUACAGUAAGUCAAACGAAAAAGACAGCAACGGACGGAACGAAUGUUCGACGGACUCCAUCUUCUGUUAAGAAGUCCACAGUUAAAGCUUCAACUCCUAAACCAGCUUCAAGUCCAACAGGUCUAAAAAGUCGUCAGCCAAGCAACCUUCAAUCGAGUAACCUUUCAAAGACUGACCAUAAACGUGAAUCUUCAACAGUCCGACAAGCUAUCAUUGCAGCGGCGGCGUUGAAACGAGAAGCUUCUUCCAUGAGUAUGAAAAAGGGUGAAAUUAAAGUUGAUCAAUCUUCUACUAAUCAAGCUGAGUCCCAGGCAUUUGAGACAGCUCAACCAAAAGAUGAAGGAUCCAAGGGCCCACCGAAGACUCUCAAGCGUCAACCCUCCACAAUGGCUUUGCUUACAAUCGGAUCGAAGCUUAGUCUGUUAAGAAAGCGUUCCGAUAGUAACCUCAGCAAAAAGCUUGAUGAUGCGAAAAAAACCGCUGCUAGUGGGGAUGGUUCAGCAGCCAAUGGCAGCGAUGCAGGGGCUGAUGGUUCAACGAAUGGUAAGCUUGUAGCCCUGACAAAGCCAAAUGUUAUUUCAAUGACUACCGCUGCUAUUACAGCUCAUCCAGUGGAAAUAAGUACUGUCCUGGCAAAUCAAUUGCCAAAGACAAGUAGUUCUGGGCAAUUGUUGGCAGGACAAGAAGACAUGGCUCUGCCAGCGGCCAUAUUGGAGAAAUCUCAAAAAACCCUCGAGAACAUACAGAAGACCGUUACCGAAGCAACUGAUGAAAUCCACAAGACCAUCAAUGAGAACUUAACUGAUUUGAAGACAUUGGAGAGUGACAUGGGCAAGAUCUCGGAGGAGCUAACCGGUUCACCAUUGUCUUUGGAAAAGUCUGACAGCCUUAAGACGGUAAUUGAAAAGCGUUCGCCAAAAAAUGCCGAUGGCAAGACAAAAGCAUCAGACAAAUCCGGUGGCAGUAAUGUUGAUGAUGCCUUUGGUGAAGCGGUACAGAAAUCUCCGAUUCCUGCAACUCAUCCUUUUGAUGCAACAGUUACAGUUAUCAAUCCAUCAAAGGGAAAUAAUUCAAAAGGUGCUUCAGGAGCAACAACCAGUGCCAGCGGCGGAUUAGCUGUAGAUGAGGAUUUGGCUGAAAGGGUUAGUGAACGUGCUAUUUCUGUGUUGCCAGAAGUUGACUGUGAAAGUGCAAAUUUGCAGAAUAACGAUGCGGGAUUGAUAGAGGAUGUGGAUGUCAUCAGUGGUCACUCUGGAGCUGGAAAAGAUUCCAAAAACACCAGCGCCCCCCAGAACUCAUCUGGUGCGAAAAAUGAUCAGCGUGGAGGCUUGAGUGGUGAAGAGGAUAUUCAAAAAGAAGCUGGCAGUCAGGACCCUCUCGAUGAGGAAAAUGAAAAGUCCAAAGGAUGUUGCAAAUGUGGCAAAUGCAAUUGUUCUCCUUGUUUCUGUAUUCCCUGUCGUCGUUCUCGCUGUUGUAAAUGUUUUAGCAAGAAAGACAAAGAUCCCGAAACAGCUGCUUUGGCUAGCAGUGUAGAAAUGGUUGAUGAAAAAGUCAGCUGCUGGAAGAAAAUGAAGUGUUGUAAAAGAAAACCAAAAACAACUGAUACAACCGAAGAACCUAUGCGACAACGAACAAUGGAAACAAUCAGUGAAGAACCAUCGGAACGACAAAGUAGUCAUGUUUCGGAAACACCAAAACAAGGUAAAUGUGGACUGUGCAUGAGAAGGAUAUUCUGCUGUCGGUCGGUGAACAAGGUCGAGGCUGCUAAAGAUGAUGUGGAAGAAGUCAAGAAGUGCUGCUUCUGCAUACCAUGCAGGAAGAAGAGACCACCACAAGCUGCUACACAACCUGCCUGGGAGGACCCGGAAAGACCGAUACAACAGGCUACUGAAGGAGCUGCACCAACACCAGCCGUAGCAGUACCUGAAGCUCCGCAAGGUGGCUGUUGCUCGAGGUUUUUCCAAAAGCUUAAUUGCUGCAAAAAGAAACAAACUGCAAGCGAAAGCAGACGACCAAGCAUGAAACAAGGACCUCCAGAGGAAACACGUCGAAAACUUCACGUGGACUUGGUUGAGUUCAACUCAAAGAUGAAAGGUGCAAUUCCAGUUAUGCCUCUGUAUCUGGCUUGGUUCUGUGCAAUUUGUAAUACUCUUUUUCCAGGAUUAGGAACUCUGCUUUCAGGAUUCUUUUGCAUUUGCGUCGGAAUUCCUCGCUUUAGCAUGUACGAUAGUGCCAAGGCUCGUUUUGGAUCUCUCAUUAUCAAUUGCAUUGUAGCAGUGGCUCAACUCUUUUGUGUGCUCUUCUGUUUUGUUGGUUGGGGAUGGUCCAUUUGGUGGGGUACUAUAAUGCUUAAAACUGCAAGAAAAUUGAAUAAAAUUAGAAAAGUUGAAAAACUUGAAGAAGAAGAAGAAAAACGACAAGCUGAGAUGGCUGCUGCAGCUGCAAUUACAGCUGCUGCUAAUGCUACUGCAACUGAUGUUGAAGCGGCAAAAGCUUAAAUUGCAAGGAUAAAACAUUUGGUUUAAUUUACUAAAAAAACAUAAAAGCUUUUCUACAUAUAUCAAUUCUAAAUUAACCUACUUACCAAAAUGCAAAAACAAUCUAUUUGUCAAGUUUUUUUUUCAAGAAUGCAAUCUUUUUUGAAUGAAAUCUUUUACGAAAUCGAUUUAAAGAUUGAAUUCACUGAAUUCACUUUGAAACAAAAAAUUGCAAUCAAUUAAUUGCAUUUAAAUAAUCGCAAAAUCUUGUAUGUCAAAUAAUUGCAGUCAAAUGAUUAAAACGGAAAAUGAAUGCAAUCAAUUUGGACGAAAAUUGAAUGCAAUCUUUUUUAUGUCAAUCGAUUCAAAGGAAUUCAAACUUAAAGUUAUAUUCAGUUAUUUGUCAAAUUUAAUUCAACCGUGAUAUUAAAGUAUUCAGAUUUAAAUUUGCAUUACUUCAAGAAUUAGUUAUAAAGAUUUCUUAUUAUUCAUAUUUCAUGAAGUUAACGACUUCUUUUGGAGUUGAGUCUGUUAUAAAACUUACAAAACUCUCAGCUCUAACUAAUACAAAAAAAAAAAACACUACAAUCGGGAACACUGGGGAUUUUGAUUAAAGCUUAUAAAUUCUUCUCAUUUUUACUUUAAACUCCCUUUUAAAAAAAUAUUGAUGGUAUGAAUAUUUAUAUUACUCGAGUCUAGUUUGAAACAAAUCCAGCUUUUAGAUCAUUAAAAAAAAAACUAUUAUUUCACUUUCUUUUCACGUGCAAGUGCCUUAAAUUAAAUAGUUCAUUAUUAUCAUCAUUACUUAAGGAAAAUAAGAUCUGGACAAUAAAAGUUUCAUUAAAAUUAUUUAUGGACAAAUUCUUGUGAGAACUUAUUUUCCUAAACUCACUUAACUCUAAGCCUAUUUUCGAAAAUCAAAAUCUCUGUUACUAUUGACCUUUUCUUCUAAGGAAUCAUUUACAACUUUGUUCAUUUAUUUUGUCCUAAGUCAGGCCAAAUAAAAUCUCAUAAAUAAGCAAAUGACUUGAAACUUUGCCCUUUCCGAUUCAUAAAAAUAAGAAAUGAUUUUCAUGUGACCAAAGUCUAUUAAUCUAAAUUCACUAAAAAAUGAAUAACAAAUUCUAUUAUCCUUCAUCCUUUCUUUAAUGAUGUGUGUUGAAAAUUUAUUAAAAGAUAUUGAAAAAUUGUACAUAAAUUAAAAAUUACUUAAUUUAAGAAAAAAAUUAAGAAAGAAAAAGUUUUCCAUAUAUGCUUUAAUGUAACUAAGCUUCCUUUGUAAAUAAGUCGAAUAUUUUUAAACACUAUUUCAAAUAAGCUUCCCUUAUAUUUAAAAAUUUUUAAACUUACGAUGAUAAAGUUAAGAGAACAAAAAAACAGAUAACAUUUUUUUAGAUGGCUUCCUAUAGACCUGGGCGAAUACCUAUUAUUUAAGAUAGCUAUAUCUAUGUAUGUAUAUUGACUAAAUGCAAACAAAAGUAUAUACAUAAAUACAUAAUUUUUGUACUUAUUUUUAGAUUUUUCGUUGAAAAAAAAAGAAAACAAUUGAAAGACGAAUAAAUUGUUAAUUUGUUGUAAGAUUUUUUGUAAAUAAAAAAAUAUAAAUAAUAAGAAUAAAAAUGUAAUCAAUUUUAAUACACAA